UGUUCAUUCGGCUUCAGUCGUUCGCUCGCCGCCAUGGCAGACGUUGUGACUGACGAAAAACCCGCUUACUUUAUAUCCGAACGCGACUUCAUAUCUUUACUCAUAGAAUUAUACAAAAAUCAUCCAGAAUUAUGGAAGCACAGUCACCCUCAUUACACUGACAGGCAUAAACGGUCCUGUGCACUCCAAGAAAUCACGACAGCGCUGCGACCGUACAAACCCGAGAUUGACGAAGAUUAUCUGAAGAGGAAGAUAAACAUAUUCAGAAGCAACUAUCGUAGAGCGAGACACAAAGUCGCGUUAGCGCGACGUCAAGGAAUCAAAGACGUUCAAUUAACACCCUGGUAUUACAACGAACUAUUAUUUCUUAGUGAACAAGGUGAACAAAAGCGGACAAAUGUACUGAAACAACGAACAAAUAUUGGAACUCGUAAAAGCACCGAUGUAGAAUACGACGAAAAUGAAGAUGUAGAAUGUUAUGCAGAGCAAACAGAAAAUGAUACUAUACCCGAAGAAUCUUUCGACCCACUUGAACCUACAUCAUCUACGCCUCCUAAAUCCAACAACCAAACAAAAGUAACUGUAGAAAAAAGAAAAAUUGAAAUUCCUGAAGAAGAAGAAGAUUCGGAACCAGAAAAAUACAUGACUAUUACAACUACGUAUUAUAAAAAACCAAAACCUAAAGAAGAUCUUAUAGCAAAACCAUGGGCGAUAAAAUUGAAUAAAUUGCCAGCAUUACAAAGGCUGCACGCAGAAAGGCUUAUAAACGAGGUGUUUUAUGAAGCAGAGAUGGGAAACUUAUCCAAAGACACCCAAAUUGGUGUCGUGUUGCCACAGUAAAGUCAGCAAAUGGAAAUGCCUACUACAUAAGUAGCUUAGCAAUAUUUUUUCAUAAAAACUUAUUGUAAUGUAAUGUUUGAAAAAUAAAAACUAAAUUACAUAGGUACA